AUGUUUAUCCUUUCGAAGCUCAAGGACCUGGUGAGGAUUCCACCAGAUCAAUUUCAUCGAGAUACGAUAUCGGCGGUGACACAUCAAUUGAAUAUCAAAUAUUCGGAUAAGAUUAUUCCACAUUUGGGUCUAUGUGUUACGAUUUAUGACCUUUUGGAGGUGGAUGAAGGUCAACUGAAACCGGGUGAUGGAGCAUCCUACAUCAAUGUGACAUUCAGAGCCUUGGUAUUCAAGCCAUUUGUUGGCGAAGUCAUCACUGGCUGGAUCUCCAAAUGCACUGCUGAGGGUAUUCAAAUCUCGUUGCUUGGAUUAUUUGAUGUCAUAUUCAUACCGCAGAAAAUGCUCUUCGAGGGAAGUUACUAUUCGCCUGCUGACAACGCAUGGGUAUGGCCAAUGGAUGAAGAGACAAAAUUGUAUUUUGACAUAAAUGAAAAGAUCAGAUUUAGAGUAGAGCAAGAGAUAUUUGUUGAUGUGAAACCAAAAUCUCCGAAGGAAAGAGAACUGGAGGAGCAACAGGGGCUGAAACAGCAAGAGAAAAAAGAGGAAGGCGAUGGGAAUGACGAAAAACCUUUGAACAAACCACCAGCAUAUGCAUUAUUAGGAAGCUGUCAAACGGACGGCAUGGGCCUAGUAGGUUGGUGGGAAUGA